GUGUCCCGCGGGGCGCACGGGGUUGGGUGAUAUCCUGAGAAGGGGCUGCAGAGCCCAGAGUACACCUGUCUGCCCUUGGCGACCCUGGCGGAUGCUCUCCCCCAGAUCCCAAGCCCCCCUGCGCACAGGGUGACUGAGCGAUCUCCAGGCAUGCCUUUGGGCCCAGUUAUUUUGGGGAGGGGAGGUAGUGCUGCCCCAGGAGCCAGAGAGAACCGGGGCCCUGGCACUUGGGCCUUGGCUGGACUUUGCAACUUGUGCUUGGUUGCGACGGGUUUGGAGUUUUGUGCGGCCCCAGCUCUCUACAGGUCCCGUGCAGUGUCGCUGGGAAGGGGACACUGGAACUCUUCCAGGUCAUCGCCCUGGGGACAGGGGAGACCACCUAUGACGCAAGAUUCAGGCUGUUAAUCAUUUACCCUCCCAGGUCGCCUGAGGACUGGCUGGAAGAGGGCCAGGGUCCGUGACAGUCGUUGGUCUAGCCCCUUUGGACAGUUGGCAAUGGCCUUGGGCGACUCUUAAAAUUGAACCUUUCCAUGUGCCAGCCUUGCCAGGUGUUUUGUAUACAUAAACUAAUCCUUGCAACACUGUGAAGUCAGUAUUAUGAUUCCCAUUUCACAGAUGAGAAAACUGAGACUGGGAAGGGUUAAGUAUCUUGCCCAAAGUCACACAGCUCCUAAGUGGCACAGCUGGGGGUUUGAACUCAGCUCUGUCUGAGUUUCAGGCGGGGAGAAGUUGGGAUCCAAUCUCAGAAAUUAGUUGUGGGGUGCAUGAGAUUUAUUUCAUUCAAUGCAAGGGAACUUGCUGAGGACCUGCUAAUUACUAAACGGGCGGGGGGAGUGACGGGGAAGGCAGAAAUGACAACAACAGUAGAGUAGCUCACAUUGCUAUUUAGCACUGUGCACCAUGUCAAGCAGAGGUGGAUGGAAAGUGACCUGUGCCUGGGGCUCAGCCUGCCAGGCAAGAGCUGCAUCACGCUGUUGUGGGCAUUUCCAGCAGCUGCCCUGUGUCUCACACACCUGUGAGGUGGAGCAAUGGGAUUCAGACGAACCCAUCCCUGAUGAGGAGCUGGAGCGAGGCAUUGCCGGGGCAGAUGGCCUGCUUUGUCUUCUCUCUGACCGCGUGGACAAGAGGCUCCUGGACGCGGCAGGAGCCAAUCUCAAAGUCAUCAGCACACUGUCCGUGGGCGUUGACCACUUGGCUUUGGAUGAAAUCAAGAAGCGAGGGAUCCGCGUUGGCUACACCCCGGAUGUCCUGACAGAUACCACUGCCGAACUUGCGGUCUCCCUGCUGCUCACCACUUGCCGCCGGCUGCCGGAGGCCAUCGCGGAAGUGAAGAAUAGACUCCUGUCUUCGCCAGAGGCCGGGGCCUCUCACAACCCACUCACUCCCUGCAGCGGUGGCUGGACCACAUGGAAGCCCCUGUGGAUGUGUGGCUACGGCCUCACCCAGAGCACUGUGGGCAUCAUCGGCCUGGGCCGCAUAGGCCAGGCUGUUGCUCGGCGUCUGAAACCAUUUGGCGUCCAGAGAUUUCUCUACACAGGACGGCAGCCCAGGCCUCGGGAAGCAGAGGAAUUCCAGGCAGAGUUUGUGUCUGUCUCCCAGCUGGCCACUGAGUCUGAUUUCAUCGUGGUAGCCUGCUCCUUAACGCCUGCGACCAAGGAGCUCUGCAACAAGGACUUCUUCCAGAAGAUGAAAAAAACAGCUGUGUUUGUCAACAUCAGCAGGGGAGAUGUGGUAAACCAGGACGACCUGUACCAGGCCUUGGCUGGUGGUCAUAUUGCAGCUGCUGGACUAGAUGUGACCACCCCAGAACCACUGCCUACAAACCAUCCUCUCCUCACCCUGAAGAACUGUGUGAUUCUGCCCCACAUUGGCAGUGCCACCUACAGAACCCGCAACAUUAUGUCCUUGUUGGCAGCUAACAACUUGCUGGCUGGCCUGAGAGGGGAACCAAUGCCCAAGGAGCUCAAGCUGUAACCAGACAGGAGAGACAGAGGGCCAGGAGGCAAACGAUGCCCCACUAUGGUCAGAUGUGCCCAGGCUUGAUUUGGACCCACAGGACGGGAGCUGGGGAAAAACGUCUGAUCGGUACUGAUUCUGUGGAGGGAAGACUGGUCCUGAUGGAUAUGCAUGCCACUUUUGUAGUGGGAAGCAGCUGAGCCAAAAGCAUGUAAUUUCAUUAUUAAAUAAUUCUCUGAGA